CAGCCCUCACUUCAGUUCAGUCAAACUUUGGGAAGUUGAUACUUGUAAAUAAAAUGGAUACAGCAGGAAAGGUCAUCAGAUGUAAAGCAGCAGUGGCCUGGGAGCCCAACAAGCCUUUGAUGAUUGAAGAGAUUGAGGUGGCCCCGCCUCAGGCCAAUGAAGUUCGCAUCAAGAUUGUGGCCUCCUCACUGUGCCGUUCGGACCUCUACUUUCUUCUGGAAGGCAAGAACGGUUCCAACUUCCCCAUGGUCCUCGGCCACGAGGCAGCAGGCAUUGUGGAGAGCGUCGGGCCCGGAGUCACUGAAUUUAAACAAGGGGACAAGGUGAUCCCGAUAUUUCUUCCGCAGUGUCGUGAAUGCCGCUUCUGCAAGAGUCCUAAGACCAACCUGUGUGCCGACUCUGUACCCAUUGUUCAUUAUGAGGGAAUGCCAGAACCGGUUUCUCGGUUGACCUGCAAAGGGAAGAAGUUGACACAGUUCAUGAGAACCAGCACCUUCUCUGAGUACACUGUGGUGAAGCAAAAUGCUGUGGCCAAGAUUGAGCCCGCUGCUCCUCUGGAUAAAGUCUGUCUCCUGGGCUGUGGAAUCAGCACUGGAUAUGGAGCAGCUGUCAAUACCGCCAAGGUGGAACCGGGCUCCACCUGUGCCGUGUUCGGCCUGGGAGCUGUGGGUUUGGCUGCAGUCAUGGGAUGCAAAGCUGCAGGAGCCAAAAGAAUCAUUGCUGUUGACACCAAUCCAGACAAGUUUGACAAGGCCAAAGAGUUUGGUGCUACCAACUUUGUGAACCCCAAGGAUCAUGAUAAACCAAUCAGCCAGGUGCUGAGUGACAUGACCAACGGAGGCGUGGACUACUCCCUGGAGUGCAUUGGAAAUGUUGGAGUCAUGCGCAGUGCCUUGGAGUCUUGUGUGAAAGGUUGGGGCGUCAGCGUGAUUGUCGGCUUCACAAACGAGCACGACCUCUCUGCCCGACCCAUUCAGCUUAUCUCGGGACGAACAUGGACUGGCUCGGCUUUCGGAGGGUUUAAGAGUAAGGACGGCGUGCAGCAGAUGGUCAAAGCCUACAUGGACAAGAAGAUAAAGGUGGACGAGUUCAUCACUCACAACUUGACCUUGAAUGAAGUCAACGAUGCCAUUGAACUGUUGAAGCAGGGAAAGAGCAUCCGGACUGUGAUGAGGAUUUCUCCAGAAUGAGCAAAACCUUCUCAAUCUGGACCUUCUGUCAAUACUCCGUUCUAAAUGGGACGACUGAGGCUUUGACAGGAAAUGGGCAACUUCUCAUUGUUACUACAAGACGACCACAU